AUGGCUCCACAGAGUCAAGGACUGGCCGCGAGCUUUGUACCCUGCGCAUCGACCGCUUCGCUGUUCCUAUACGCCCAGGGUUCGAUCAUUCUCUGCCUCCACCACGACACUUUAGCAUUGGAACGCCGGUUUGAGAAUCACCACCAAGAUAUCUCGUUCAUAUCCGUGGACAAUGUUAGCGAACGGGGUGCAGGCCGGCUGGUUGUCAGUUAUGAUGUGGGGAAGACUGCAAUUGUAUGGGACUUGUUCACCGGGUCUGUGAUAGCGAGAUUCGCAUCUUUUGAGCAACUUCGGGUAGCUGCCUGGAUGCGCGAUGGCAAUGUGGCAUUCGGCAAUGAGAAGGGCGAUGUGAUCCUGUUUGAGCCCUCAACCUCCGAAAAUGUCUCCCGGCGCACGAUCUUCGACCCGAUCACAGCCUUAGCUCCAGGCUCCGAUUGUCGAACUUAUGCUAUUGGGUAUCAGAAUGGAUCCAUAUUGAUCGCCACAUUGCAUCCCACCUUUUCGGUCCUCCAUACAAUGACCACUUCACGAGGCCCAUCGCCGAUAGUCUCCAUGGCCUGGCAUGCGUCUUCGUCAAAACAAAAGUCUGAUAUGUUGGCCACCUUGUCUUCCGACGGCGACCUGCGAGUAUGGAGUGUGUCAAAGCCAGCUGGAAAAGAGCCUCCCCGCGUCAUACGAGUCUUGAAGCGAUCUGAUACGUCUUCAUCCUCCGAACCUAAAUGGAUGGCUUGGUCAAAGAACGGGAGAAUUAUACAAUAUCUGGAUAGCGAGACAUGGGCAUGGGAUGUGAGAACCAAGCAUGUGACAUCUGAGCCCAUCCCUACAAUAGAGAACGUCCGCGGCAUCGCGAACUAUGGUCCGACUGCCACUUUGUUCACUCUUGGGCCCAACUACUCAAUUCAGCAAUAUGACCUCGAAAACCCAGCAAUGGUUGCCAAUGUACAACAUCUCCCUGUGGGGAUGUUGUCCGAUCCAUUGGAGGAGGCCAGAGCCAGAGCUGCAUCGUCCCGGACCUUGCAGGAUCCCCCGGACAUUCGGGAAUCGGGCAAUGCAUUUGGGACUCGGAGAGCGCCUUUCGAGCCACAACGUGCCGACACGAGUAGUCCGGUAUCUUCACGAAGCCAUGCAAAAUCCGUGAGCUCAACUGCCUCGUCCGGGAAAUACAGACCUGGGCCUUUCUCUCCACCCAGCCGAUCCGCUCACACCGGGACGUCUUUCUCCUUGGCCUCUGCCAGCGAAAGAGAUACUCCCCAGCCAUCUGCAGGGUCAUAUGCCUAUGCUCCUUCCGUAUCGUCGUCUUCUGUCAAGAGCUCCCGAGCCGGGUCACGGUUGAGAAAUGAAGUCCAAUUUAGUCCUGCCGAUAAACCAGUUGAUCUGUUCCCCUUCACCCGCGCCCGUCUCAACGACGUCCCAUUUAGGAACCACCCACCUUUGGACGAGUCGCGUCUUACCCCUGAUGAUUUACGUCGUCAAAUGCUUAGCGUGGUUUUUGGUUGGGAGGGCGAUAUUGAUGAACUAAUUACUGAUGAAUUGAACCGCCACGCCCCGGAUUCUCAAAGCGCUAUCCUACUAGCCCAGUGGUUGGGAGAAUACGACUCGGACCAGAUGGCCUCCAUGAUAAGUUCGAGUACCAGUUCGACCGCCGACUGGAUGUUGUUGGCUUUCAGCCAGAUGAGCGGAGCUUCCCAAGCCAACAAGGUCGGGGAAGCAUUCGUUCAAAAGUUACUGAAAGUGGGCGACGUACAUACGGCGGCCACUAUCUUGCUCUCUCUGGGGGAUAAAAAUGACGCAAUCGAGGUCUACGUUUCUCAGAACUACUAUAUGGAGGCGAUCCUAAUGACGUGUCUGGUGUUGCCUACCGACUGGCAACGUCAGUCAUACUUGGUCCGACGGUGGGGAGAACAUGUUGUUUCGCACUCUCAGCAACAACUCGCAAUUCGAUGCUUCAUGUGUACUGGGGUUGAGCCAUCGGCGCCCUGGGCAUCACCAUCGGCGCAGCCCCCGUCAUCCUUUGCGGAGGUAAUGUCUCGAAGAUCGCCGUUGGCAUCACCAGAACCGCCUUACAUGAACCCUGCAAACCUGAUGCCUCCUCCACUCCAACAAUCGUCUUCUUCGACGGGCAACAGGCAAGCUACCAAAGGUCCAGCUCUCAAGUUGAUCACGUCUUUCGAUUCCCAACCAAGUAACAAAUUCCGUUUUCCCGGUUUGAAGUCGGAUGAUCGGACACCUACGAAUGCACCCGGAGUCACGCCUAUCGCUGAAUCUGCUGUGGCUGAAACCGCAUUGUCUCCCGGAGGGUUCGGGUCAUAUAGGUUCAAUAACUCCCAGAGCCUUAACAAUGCAGUGAACUCUCGCACCAAUACACCUGCCUUCAACAGACGACGAUUGCCUUCUAUCGGUGAAACCCCGGUUGAUGUACAGCCCCCGAGUUUCCCCCCUAAUGGAUCGGCCAAAUCUGUGGAUUAUGGAUCAACGUCCGAGAAUGAUGAUCAAGAUAAGAGCAGUACCCGCCAGAAAGAAGACCAGCUUGGGCUAUUGCCAUCGGCACGGUAUGACCCGGAUGAAGCAUACAAGCCUAGCCCCCAAACAGCAGUCCAGGCGACAACCGAUAAGUUUGUAAACAUCAAAGGUCUGCCUUCUCCUGCACCUGGUGUAUUUGAGGCUCUGCGAGAGCAGUCGGAGAGCCGAAAUGGGUCCAGAGAUCGGAAGCCUGGGGGCCUGGAGUUGCAAAUACAUGAAGUGUUGGAAGCUGAUCUGCAGGACCAGUCUGAUGUGACGAUGGCCAGCUUCAGAAGCCCAGCGUCCGCGAACAGCUUCAGCACUAAGAGCCCAAGCAUCAGUGGUCGGAGCAUCGACCAGUAUAUCAGCAGCCUGGACGAGGCCACUUAUCACGCGAGAAAAUAUCAAAACCGGCCUCAUGGCCGCGCUAGACGUAAUACCGACGACUCCGUCAGCCAGACUUCGACACAACGCGAUACUUCGAGAAAAACGACGCAGGAAACGCGAGGUCGGCACGAGAAGCGCUAUAUCCAACCGGCUAAGCGUUCGCCUUCUUCACCAGUCCCAAUGUCUCCGGAGGAAAUCGCCCGUUACAACACGAACUCGACGCAGCAUGAGGACAGUCGGAAAGAUAAGGGAUCAUCCAAAUCGCGCAGCGCCAGCAAAGUGAGAAAACCGCGUUCUAGAAAUUCUUCGGAACGCCGUAAGAACCGAUCAUCAAGCCGCAAUACCGCAGGUCGUGUCGGGAACAACCAGUCUAGUCGUGGCCGCAGCACCGACCGGCCUGCCUCGCGAAAUAGAUCUCCAUCCUCUCCAUUACCGAUGUCGCAUACGGAUGACGCUUUUAGGUUGGUCUCCAGUGACCGCGAGAGACUCCGCAGCCAGCAGAGAAGCAGCAGUCGGCGGCCGGAGAAAGGUACGACGAAGAGAGACCCGUCUCCUGAUAACAGACGACCAAGGGGUCGAUCCCAUAGCCACAGCCAGCACGAGAGCAGCGACUAUCAAGACUAUCCGCCAAAUGGCGAUACCACAAAUGGACAUUAUAUCAACACUGAUUCCCAGGAGCCGCUGAACAUGCUGUCUGAGGAUGCCCGCAAUCGACACUCGGCAACAGCACCUCCAGCGGGAUUGUCAGAACAGAAGAAGAAGGAGCUUGCGGCAGCUGAAUUGGAAGCUCGACGUCUGUCGCUUGCCCGUAACCCAUCAGCGCCCAAUAUCCCCUUUCCGGGAGAGUUGCAAUACUUCCGGACAGGAUUGGAAAGCCCACCUUUUUCCGUCCAUUCCUUUGCCCCGCGGACUCCUGGAAGGCGCAGGGCCUCUGCAAGCAAAGCGUCACCAGAAUAUCCCAGCAGCUCUGACUCCAAUUCAUCGCGGGCAGGCGGCCCCCUCGGAUUACCUGCUACGCCGAAGGCAAUGAAGCAUCCGAAGUAUAAUGGAUAUGAAGAGACUGCACCAGCAGUCCCCGGUGUGCCCGACAACACGAUUCUUCUGAGUGACGCAAGAUACCAUGGAGGUAUUGAUCAACUCGGACGUUCAAUGUCGGUCCCUGUCCCGGAGAAUCAACAUCCAGGGACCAUACCUAUGGACCUCCCCAUGCAUCCCAGAUUCAACCCUCGGCUUCCACGGAGCCGUUCGAACAGCCGCAACCGAAACAUGGGCCACCGGCGAGAAAGCUCUCGUGAGGUCGGGUCGAACUUUGGUGGCUCCCCAGUGUCUGUCAGUAUUGAGGAGACCAUUGAGAAUGCUAUGCAGAGGAACCCAGCUGAGAACCCUCCGAUCUUGCCCGAACUGCAGCAUUUGAAUACGCCGCCGCCGCCUCCUCCGCCAUUGGGACUCUCAGGGCCCGCGUCGCCGCGGGAGUCGUCAGGAACGAUAGACAUUGCGAUUGAUAAUGAGCAUAUGGCAAGAUUGCUUCCACGCGCGAUGACGGCUGCUCCGGCGCCGAGUAUGGAGAUGCGGUCGGGUGUAGAGCGGCGCCGCAUGUCAUUCGACCACCGACGUGGAAAGAGUGUCAACGAGAGCUUUUCUAGCAAGAUCCGCAACUUGGCUCGAAUGGGGUCCAACGGCCGAGGAACCGAGCCAUGGGCUGCCCCUGAUGAGACUCAGAUGCCGUACGAAACGGUGUCUGCCACCGACGGGCGCAUAUAA